CCCAAUGACAAAAUCCCCCAAGUUUCCAACAUACACUCGACAUUCUUGCAAACAAUCAAUUACUGCAGUGCUGGUUCUGUCCCUCCACUACGCCAUGCAGGUCCUAUUCGUUGCCGUUGUUUGAUCGCUCAUGUUCCAAAAAGAAGCCGUCCCGAAGUCAUGGCAAUAGUUGAAUCUGAGUAGCAACUUCGUGACUACCGAUCCACUGACACGAGGGGCUCUUGGUAGCUAUUGUCCACCUCGCCAGGCGGCCUCAGAAUACCAUAAUACAUAAACUCGACCUCCUCCUUCAUAGCUAUACUAAUACGGAGCAGGCUCUCCCGUUCCUGUCAAUUGACCAUAUCACUACCGAACAUAUCGGAUAGCUCCUGUAUUCCAAGAUAUAUUUUACGCCCCAUAUCCAGUUCAUUUCUACCAAGCAUCGACAUACAACGUCACCAUGAGCAACAUUCCCUCAUCUGGCAACAUGGCAGAUCCGGAUCAUAUGUUGGAGUUCCAAAAACUCUCCAAUCACUAUGAGCCGGACCUACAGGGUCCUCUAGUAGGCCCAAAACAAUCGAGCAGCAUGAUAACGUCCGAAUACGCGAACGCUGAUCCUAUAUAUGUUGCAAAGACUACUGCGCUCUCUCAUACCCAUUCGCAUUACCGUAUUAUGAAAGGCGAUGGAAAUUGCGGGUGGAGAGCUGUUGCUUUUGGAUAUUUUGAAACGUUAUUCAAUCUACGAGAUACUGCAAAAGUGACACAGGAGCUGGCGCGUCUCAAAUCCUUCAACAAGCUCCUGAACUCCGCUGGAUGCCAGGAGCAUCUCUACGAAAUGUUCGUUGACGCCACCGAGGAGCUCUUGAACCAGAUAUCGCAGGAGAUUGGGAAAGGAAGCUUUGACGAUACCUUCCUCUUUAACGCGUUUAACGACGAAUACAAUUCCUCCUCUCUUAUUAUGCAUUUUAGGUUAAUGACGAGUGCUUGGAUGAAAUUGAAUUCCAGCCGUUAUACGGAUUUCCUUGGGGUGUCUGUUGGGGAAUAUUGUGAAAAGACAAUUGAAACAGUUAAAACCGAAAUCGAUGAAGUAGGCCUCCAGGGCCUAUUCGACGGAGUCAUUGAAGGGUCAGGGCUUGCUAUCGAGAUUCUCUACCUUGACAGGAGCGAGGGGACGGAAGUCACCCCUCAUUUGCUCUCACCGAAUAGUCCCAUCGCAACCAUCAGACUUCUUUAUCGGCCUGGUCACUACGAUCUCUUAUAUCAAACCGAUCAAACAAGACACGAUCAAGGACUCACAUCAGUGAACUUCCAAUACGCCAUGAGUUCUGACUAUCUGCCCUGGUAUUCGAGCGCGUUGCCGUUUGAUUUGAACCCAGUUUUGAUGUCCAUACCAAGUCUCCCCCUCAAUACAAGCAGUAUUUCGCCACAAGCGCCCUCUAGCCAACCAUACACGUUUUCGGGCAGACAUAUUGACCCAAACAUUCCACCUCCGGUGGUUUCCCAGCCUCCACCAGCUCCCUCGCAACCCUCUUCAAUCUCCAGUUUUCCUGUCAGUCCAGUUUCCACUCCGGAUAAAUCCACAGAACUCCAGAUUAGGAUGAAUCCAUUAGUGUGUGAGCCAAUGAAUACCCUCCCGCUACCUUCUAUACCUCUCAGCAACUCUCCUACAAAUCUUGCACACUUCCACCAUCCCGAUUUCCAGCCUUCCCAAUGGGAUCCGAACGAGGAGUAUAAGUAACAAACUGGGCUUGCUUUAUCCCAUUGAUGAGGAGGUAGCUUUACCGUGAUGAUAAACGACCUUUUGCGCCAUAUCACUUUCCGUAGAACCUAUAUUCCAUUUUCAACUGUUUCAAUAUUUUUCCCUUGAAUUUCAGCGAUAUGGCGUUCCUGCCGGUGGGUUCGAAGAGCUUAUGGCCGGUUAUUAGCGCCUGUGUUACAUUUUCUCACUGUCAUACCUACAUACAGUUGAUAACGCAUAUUUCUCAAACGCAGUUUAACAUAUGAAUUUAACCGUUUCUCAUCAUGCUUCUUCUCCCCCGUAGAGGUUGGCGGAGGGAUACAGCAAAAAAUGUGUUAGCAGUCAUUAGGGAUUGUAAUGUUAUUUUCCAAUCUUGUU